GUGGGAAAAUGAGUGGAAGAUGAGCAACGCAAUCGACAAGAAAAAAAAUAUUUUUGAAAUGGUUGCUCUGUGACUGUGAGUGAGUGAAACAGCAUUAUUGCUCACCAUUUUCGAUUGUAUCCAUUUAUAUGAAACAGAGAAUCUUUGAGCAUCAGUGUAGGGUUUGAAGAUCAGUGAGUAUACCCAGUCGAUCGGAAGGAACAAUCGAGAAAAAAACAAUGGAGGAAAUUGGGUUUUUGGGAAUGGGAAUAAUGGGGAAAGCUAUGGCCAUGAACUUGCUUCGCCAUGGAUUUAAGGUCACUGUUUGGAAUCGCACUCUUUCAAAGUGUGAUGAGCUAAAAGAGCAUGGCGCUUCCGUAGGGGAAAGUCCGGCAGCGGUGGUCAAGAAAUGCAAGUACACCAUUGGGAUGCUAUCGGAUCCUCCUGCAGCUCUUUCUGUGGUAUUUGAUAAAAACGGCAUUCUUGAGGAAAUUUGCAGCGGGAAAGGUUACAUUGAUAUGUCAACAGUCGAUGCUGAAACUUCUACAAAGAUCAGUGAGGCGGUAAAAGAGAAGGGCGGUGAUUUUCUUGAAGGCCCUGUUUCAGGUAGCAAAAAACCGGCUGAAGAUGGACAAUUAGUAAUCCUUGCAGCUGGGGAGAAGCGCUUGUACGAUGAAAUUCUUCCCGCUUUCGACGUAUUGGGGAAGAAGUCCUUUUUCUUAGGAGAGGUUGGAAAUGGAGCAAAGAUGAAACUUGUUGUCAACAUGAUUAUGGGAAGUAUGAUGAAUGCUUUCUCAGAGGGACUUGUACUCGCCGACAAAAGUGGACUUAACCCUAAAACUCUUCUAGAUGUGUUGGAUCUUGGUGCCAUUGCUAAUCCCAUGUUCAAAAUGAAAGGACCUUCAAUGAUCCAAAACAGCUACAACCCUGCAUUCCCAUUGAAACAUCAACAAAAGGACAUGAGGUUGGCUCUUGCCCUUGGUGACGAGAACGCCGUCUCGAUGCCGAUUGCGGCUGCUGCCAACGAGGUAUUCAAGAAGGCAAGAAGCACGGGUUUGGGUGAUCUUGAUUUUUCAGCUGUUUACGAGAUAUUCAAAGUUACUGAACAUUCGGCUUGACGAUCCUGAAGGAAGUAUGCCAUUUUCGUACUAUAAAAAUCGAGCAUUCUUCCUUGCAUUAAUUCCGAGAUUUGGUGUUGAAAUGACGAAGAACACUCGUAUUCUGUAUUAUUUUGUUUUCAAUGCGAUUCGAUGUACUUCUGUAGAUUAAAACAAGUUGCAGAUGCUUCAUUAUGAAUAGAACAAGAAGGCUAAAUAUCGUAUAAAUGAAGGAUACGUUUUGGCUC